CGAACCAGGAAGAGCCUGUUCAGAAAAACAACAACAAAACUAAAAUAGUUCACUUUUGAAGAGUAUUUCCGUGACUUACCAUGCCAGAAACAACAAACUAAGAGCCAUGACUCUGUGGGGGAACUGUAUUAGUGUUUUAUUGUGUUUGUUUUGGGGUCUUUUAUCGGUAUUUUGUUCAUUAACUGUGAGUCUGAACGGUAAAUGGAGUCUGUCAAACUCAAACGGUUCAGUGUCUCUGCCUGCUGAAGUACCCGGAUGUGUUCAUUCAGCUCUACAGCUACAGGGAGACAUCCAGGACCCGUAUUUCAGGUUCAAUGAUGUGUCUUAUCGGUGGAUUGCCUUUGACAACUGGACAUACACAACCACAUUUACUGCCUCUACCCAGCUGAGGGCCAAACAGAAGGUGUUGCUGGUCUUUGACGGCGUUGACACUGUAGCAUCGAUUUGGCUCAAUGGAGCCAUUGUCGGGGAGACGGACAACAUGUUUCGUAGAUAUGACUUCCCAGUCAGAGCCUUGCUGAAGGACGGGGAUAAUGUGCUGAAAGUCAGCUUGUUGUCUCCAGUUGUUUAUGCAUCUGAGCGGAGGAAAGCUCAUUCUGCCUACAGAGUUCCUCCUGAAUGUCCCCCAGAUGUCCAGAAGGGGGAAUGUCAUGUCAAUUUCAUCAGAAAAGAGCAAAGCUCUUUCAGUUGGGAUUGGGGGCCGUCGUUCCCCACGAUGGGACUGUGGAAGGGAGUCCGACUUGAGGCGUUCGACGUCUUGCAGCUCGUCCAGGUUUCAUCUGUUCCUCUACACGAUCUCAGCCUCUCUCAGUGGAGAGUCCAGGUUGAGCUUGUCGUUGAUGCCGUUCAGACAACAAACGGCCAAAUCUCGCUCUCCGUACCUGAGCUGGACUCAGAGCAGAGCUUCCAGACACAGUUUCUCCCAGGAAAGACCAAGUACAGCUUCACCUUACACAUCAACACGAGCAGCCAGGUGAAGCUGUGGUGGCCCAACGGACACGGUGACCGACCCGUUUACCACCUCGCUGUCAAAGGCUUUCAGGAUGAACUUUUGAUCCUGAACACAGAGUCUAAGGUGUAUUUCCGGACAGUAGAACUUAUCCAGGAGCCAGUUGUUGGGUCUCCAGGUCUGAGCUUUUAUUUCCGCAUCAAUGGGAAACCAAUUUUUCUGAAAGGCUCCAACUGGAUCCCAGCCCACUCCUUCCAGGACCAAGUCACCGCUGCUGUCUUGAGGAACUUGUUGCAGUCGGCCGUGGAUGCGAGCAUGAACGCCCUCAGGGUCUGGGGAGGAGGAGUGUAUGAACAGGAUCUCUUCUACAGCAUCUGUGAUGAGAUGGGAAUCAUGGUUUGGCAGGACUUCAUGUUUGCCUGUGCUAUGUAUCCCACUGAGGACGACUUCGUACAGACAGUAAGAGAAGAAGUCAUCCAACAGGUUCAGCGCCUCAAGUCUCAUCCAUCCAUAAUAACUUGGAGCGGGAACAAUGAGAACGAAGCUGCUCUGGCGACAAACUGGUUCAACAUCCCAGUUUCCCAGAGGCCAACAUACCUGAAAGACUACGUGACGCUGUAUGUGAAGAACAUCAGGGCGAUAGUUCAGGAGGAGGACAAGAGUCGCCCGUUCCUCGUCUCCAGCCCGACUAACGGGGCUGAGUCGGAGCAGGAGGGUUGGGUGGCGGAGAACCCUUACGACCUUCACUACGGCGACACACACUUCUACAGCUACUUAUCGGACUGCUGGGAUUGGACGACUUUCCCUCGGACACGUUUCGCCUCCGAGUACGGCUUCCAGUCGUGGCCUUCCUUCUCCACUCUGCAGCCGGUUUCCAUAAAAGAAGACUGGAGCUACAACAGUAAUUUCACUUCCCAUCGUCAACACCACGAGAGUGGGAACCAGCAGAUGUUACAGCAGGCUGCUUUACAUUUCAACCUGCCAAACUCCACCGAUCCCUUGAAAAGAUUUACAGACACUCUCUACAUCACUCAGGUGAUGCAGGCUCAAUGUGUGAAGACACAGACCGAGUUUUAUCGGCGAAGUCAGAGUGAGAUCAUUGAGGGCAAAGGUCGCACUAUGGGCGCUCUCUACUGGCAGCUCAACGAUGUUUGGCAGGCGCCUUCCUGGUCAUCGAUCGAGUUUGGUGGGAAGUGGAAAAUGCUGCAUUAUUUUGCGCAAAACUUCUUCGCCUCCGUCCUACCAGUCGGCUUCGAGGAUGGCGACACGCUGUUGAUCUACGCCGUCUCAGACCUGAGUCACGACCUGAAGCUCAGGGCGGUGGUGUCUGUGUACUCCUGGUCUGAUCUGGAUCCAGUGUGCACCCUGAAGUCGGACCUGCUCCCGGUCCCCGGAGGUAGCGCCGUGGCCAUUUUUAAACAGCCAGUCGCCGCCCUGCUGGCAGGAUGUGGACACUGCACCCGCCUCACCUGCCUGCUCACCUUCCACCUGGAGGACAGCAGCGGCCAGCAGGGUCCCUCCAACCAUCACUUCCUGAGCUCACCCAAAGAUGCUCAGGGACUCCAGAGACCCAACAUCACGGCCGAGGUGAAGCAGGAGGAUGAGACGGGCUACAGCGUCACCCUCCACUCUGCCUCCGUGGCUCCUUUCGUCUGGCUCGAUGUGGGAAACAUCCCCGGACGCUUCAGCUCCAACGGCUUCCUGAUGGUUUCUAGAAACAGGACAGUCGGUUUUAACGCUUGGCGUCCCACCAACGUCACAGAACUCUCCAGAUCGCUCACCAUCACGUCUUUAAGGGACGUAUAUUGACCUUGUGUACCAGCCAGCCUCCAUGUGGAGGUCUACCAGAGGUAACAGACGGGAAAAGUGGGACUGUCUUGUCCCUGUCUGUCACUUUAAAGAGAUACUAUAUCUGAGGUUUGACCCUUGUGAAAGUUUGAGUGUCCGAAAGAUAUUUUUGGACUGAAGGUGAUACUUUGUGCCAACUUUCUAAAUGUUUAAACUUGUUUUUGUUUCUUCUCAGAGCAGAAAAGCCUCAGAAAACAGCAGUUAGACCUGAACAUUUCCAAAUAAAGGAAAGGUAGGAAGGUUUUAGCAGCUCUUGACAGCAGGGUGACCCACUGUAUUCAGUCACUAGAAGGGAAACACAUCAGGGCCUUUACAUGAUCAAUACUUUGCUGUUGCAGACAGACAACAUGUAAUGUGAACUGGGUUUGAUCUUACAGAUGUAAGUGUGUGCACUGAAAUCUAUUUUCCUUUUGUUUGUUUUGCUGUUUUGCACAUUUCUCAGAUAAUCAACAGGGCAAAGAUUCUAAUGCUUGACAUAAUGGAUGUUUAUUUUAUUACUUGCAGUACUGUCCAAAAUAUGUUCUAUAUUUGUACUGAAUUUAGAUACAUUUGUAGAGCUUUGUUUUUGAUAUGAAGGUAUUUCAUUCUGUUGAUCAACGUUUAAAAAAAUCCUAAUUGCAUCGACUGUGAUUCAGUGUUUAAAAAAUAAAUAUGACAAAAAUAAAAACGUUUUUUAUAAAAUCUGAUAAUAUUUAUUAUUAUUACCCUUAGAGGGGGUGGGGGGGAGGGGUAGGAUAUGUGUAACAGCUGCACAAGAGACAGGCCGGAUAAAGAUACAAAAGAAUUAGAAAAAAAAAAUUAGAAAAGCUAUACCAUAAAUUAACGUUAAACUAAAGCUAUAUACAUAUACAAAAUAAAUACUGGAGAGUAUACAAUAAGUGCACAAAAACAAUACUGUAAACCAAAAUAAGAAAACUAUAUACAUUUACCAGGUGGGGGAAGUCUGACAAAAGACGCUACUGAUGGAUGCUAUUAUGGGAAAAUGUAUAUAUAGAUGUACAUCUAUAUAUACUGUAUAUAUAUACUGUGUAUAUAUAUUAUAUAUAAUAUAUAAUCACUUAUAAACCCAUUUAAAUUCUGUUGUCAUGUAAAUGAUCAUUAAAGAGUUUAAAAAACAGUAAUAAACAUAAAUAAUUGAUGUG